AUGAGCAAUAGACGUAGCCUUUACCAUGCCUUUUGUCUGGUAUCUUCUGCUAGGCAGGUCUUGAAGGGUUCUGCCUCGAUAGCUAAGGAGUCGCUAGCGCAAUGGGUCAACACUUCCCGCAUAACAAGACCCAUCUUAAUGCAGUAUCAGUGUUAUUACGAUCCACAAUGGGAAGAUGCGAAAAGGCUGUCGGAGCAAGUGAAGGCAAAGGCUCGUCAGCCUCCGAGAAAGGGCAAGAAGAGCACAAGUACGAGACAUUACUCAACCUCAUCAAGACACAGCAAUGAUGAACAGGUUGGGGAAGUUGAGGAGAUAUCAGAAAAGAGGAAGCAAGAGCUGCAAAGCUCGCGAGUACCAUCUUCGCGUAUAUCACGUCUGUUUCAUUAUGGUUCAUUAGCGGCAGGUGUAGGGAUUAACGCUGCCUCAGAUGGCUUCUCUCAGAUGGCAAGAGGACAAAGCCCGAGUUGGAAGUCACUGAUCUAUUCGGAUAGUAAUAUUGAUAGAAUCGCUAAGAAGUUCUCCCAGAUGAGAGGCGCUGCGUUAAAGAUCGGCCAAAUGAUGUCGUUCCAGGAUGACAAAGUGUUGCCAAAGGAGUUGUACGAAAUAAUAUCGCGAGUCCAGAACAGCGCCCAUUAUAUGCCCCACAGACAGCUUGAGAGAGUUUUGAAGCGAGAGCUGGGCUCGGAUUGGCAAGAUAAGUUUUGUUCCUUUGAUAGGGUUCCAAUCGCGGCUGCCAGUAUCGGACAAGUUCAUAAUGCAGUUUUGAAGAAUGGGGACAAGGUUGUUGUGAAGAUUCAGUACCCUGGUGUGAAAGACUCUAUUGAUUCAGAUCUGAACAACCUCUUGAUGCUGUUGGUGGCAUCGCGACUGCUUCCCAAGGGUUUGUUCUUGGACAAAACCGUCGCGAACGCUAGGACUGAACUCAAGUGGGAGUGUGACUAUGUAAGAGAAUCUCAAGCGUUGAAAAAAUUCGGAAAACUGUUGGAGGAUGAUCCCGUGUUUGUAGUUCCUCACGUUUACUCUGAUCUAACCACUACGAAUAUUAUAACAAUGGCUCGAAUGGAAGGUACUGAGAUCAUGAAACUACCAAAGACAACGUCACAGGAUGUGAAAGAUUUCAUAUCGGAGAACAUCAUGAGGUUAUGUUUAGAGGAGAUUGCCACUUUCCAAUAUAUGCAGACAGAUCCCAACUGGGCAAACUUCCUGUACAAUGAAAAGACAAAAAAGAUUGAAUUACUAGAUUUCGGUGCGUCGAGGCCUUAUCCAGCAGAUUUUGUCAUGCGCUAUCGCAAGUUAUUGACUCUCGCGACAUUGAAAGAUCGCGAGGGUGUUUGUAAAGUCUCACAAGAGCUUGGAUAUCUGACUGGUUUAGAAUCUCAAGCUAUGAUUGAUGCCCAUGUGAAUAGUGUCAUGACUCUGGGCGAACCGUUUUGCGGACCACCUGAACAGGUCUUUAGCUUCAAGGAUCAAACCGUUUCCGAUAGGAUAAGGUCAAAUAUUGGGUUGAUGUUGAAUGAACGUUUAUGUCCACCGCCAGAGGAAACUUACUCGCUGCAUAGAAAGUUUAGCGGAAUUUUUCUGUUAUGUGCAAGAAUGAGUGCCUCCGUCCAUUGUGCAAAGCUAUUCAGAGAUAUCCUUGCAGUUGAAAAGUAA